AUGCAGAAAGCUUGGUUCUAUGAAGUGCAUGGUCCUAAGGAAGUCCUCAAACUAGGAGACUUCCCAAUUCCUUACCCAGUACAAAAUCAGCUUCUUGUCCAAGUCUGUGCUGCUGCUUUGAAUCCUAUUGAUUUCAAGUUGUGCUGUAACCCCCUUGUCUUCACAGAUUUUCCAGUAGGAAAAGGAGAUCAUGUUUCAAGAUUUGAAGUUGGCGACGAGGUAUAUGGAAACAUCCAGAAUUUCAAUGCAGAGGGAGAAUUUAAGCAACUGGGGACCUUGGCACAAUUUAUUUUCGUGGAGGAGAAUUUGGUGGCAUCGAAGCCAAAAAACCUUUCAUUCCAGGAAGCAGCCAGCUUUCCGGUGGCAGUUCAGACGGCAGUGGAGGGCUUCAAAAGUGCUGGUUUUAAAGAGGGGCAAACAAUCUUUAUAGUAGGAGGAGCUGGUGGUUUUGGAAGCCUGGCUGUUCAGCUAGCCAAGUUUCUGGAGAAAUUUUGGAGAUCUUAG